AAGUAGGAGUGCAUUUGAAGCUUAUAAUAUAUGAAUUGCUUUCAUAUUACCUUUCAUUUAAAAGAAGACUUUAGAUUGUGUCAGAACACAAUGGUUGAACACAACUCUUCCCAGCUAUGCCACAAAUUGGAAAAGUCGUUGGACUGAGGAAUGGAAAUCCUUCGGUUGUCUUCACAGGAGAGGAGCAGCAUGUUGCGCAAGAACUCCAGUACGCUGUUGUGGGUAGGUCUAACAUCUCUCCUCCAUUGAAUGAUCUCCACAGAAUCCUCCACUCCAUAGGAUUCAAGGCGUUCUCAAUCAAACCCCUAUCAAGGUAUGACACACUCUUCAUCUUCCAAUUUGAACAUGAUUAUCAGAGGUUCCUUCUGCGUAGAACAUGGAAGUUUGGCAAGGCAGAUUUUUAUGUUUUCAAAUGGUCUCCUGAUUACUCCUCUAGCACAGAUUGCCCUGUUAUCCCUGUUUGGGUCUCUAUCUUCAAUGUCCCUCUCCACCUUUUUCACCCACCGGCCCUUUACACCCUAGCCUCUUGUCUUGGUAGACCCAUCAAACCAGAUGAACGAACCCUAUUUGGCAAAAACACCAGCAGGGCCAGAAUGUGUAUUGAAAUUGAUUUCUCCAACCCAGUCCCACAGGCCAUUCACCUUCGGCUAGGGGCACGAGACUUUAAUCUUCCCUUAACCAUUGAAAAGCCCCCUUAUUUCUGUCGUACCUGCAAGCUUUUAGGCCACAAGGAAUCACCUUGCAAAAAACGAUUUGUUGCCGGAAAAGUCCACACCGGCGACACACCGAUGGUGGCAAAUGGAGAUUUAGAUUGGACUAUAGUCAAGAGGAAACAUCCAACACAAAAGCCCCAAACUUGCCCAGUCCCUGUGCAUUACUGGAAAAUUAAGGACCCCAGUCAAAACCCUCCUGCUGCAAAUAUAUGCCAAGCUGGUACAUCCAAAAAUACAGCUCACUCUCCCACUUUAAACCAAACACUCGCACCCUUAUCCCCCACCCCUAGUCAAUCUGCCAGCUUAAUCCCUAAACCCCACAUCACAUCCAUUGUUCAUCCCAAUACCACCCCCAACAUUUGUUCUGAGCUCCUUAACCUCAUGGACCUUGACCCAACCCCUACUCUCCCAUCUGGCAGUCUGGACGACACCACCUCCCUAGAGGUUAUUAACCAUGACCCAACCACUACUAUUCUCAAUAAUCUUGGCUUCCCAUUGCAUGACACUGUCUGUGACAGUGAGGAGGAACUGGACAUCCACUGCCACUCUGAAGGGGAUGAUGAACCAUACAUCAAAGGAAACCUUGAACCCUUCAUCCUUAAACCAACACUUAAAUGUGCACAGGCCGAAGAGGAAUCCAUGGCUGCAGAAAUUGCCUUUGAUGAGAGGCCUACAGAAACAAACAGAGAAACUUGGUCCAAAGCUAAAGCUAAGCUCAUCCUAGCCACCAACAGAGAAGUGGAAUACUGGAAGCAGAAAGCUAAUGUAAGAUGGAUGGAAAAAGGUGAUGCCAACUCAAAAUACUUCCAUUCCCUUGUUAAAGGCAGAAAACACAAAUUAUCCAUCAAGCAUAUCAAGUCCUCAGAAGGCAGAAACCUUACUCAGCCCAAGGAAAUCCAAACAGAAGCUGUUAACCACUUCACCAAAAUUUAUACCAAAUCAUCUGUCCAUGGCCUGGAGGAAAUCACUCAGUUCAUCCCAAACGUAAUCACAGAGGAGGAAAACAAUAACCUUACCAUUAUCCCCACCCUUGAAGAGGUCAGAGCAGCAGUUUGGGACCUUGAUCCACACAGCACCAGUGGACCGGAUGGCUAUACAUGGGAGUUCUUCAGGAAAACUUGGCACAUUUUAGGACAAGACCUCCACAAAGCUGCACAGGAAUUCUUCCUCGGGAUUCCCACCCCCAAGGCCUAUGAAAUGCAUCAUGCCCUGGAUAGGAAGACAAAUGGAGGCAAUCUCAUUAUCAAAGUGGACAUGGCAAAAGCCUUUGACAAACUGAGUUGGGAAUACCUUGAGGCUAUUCUGUCAGCUUUUGGAUUCUCAUCCAAGGUUAUCACCCUCCUCAUGAGCAACCUCAAAGCCACAUCCCUCUCCAUCCUUAUAAAUGGACAACCAGCAGGUUUUUUCCCCAUGGAGAGGGGCAUUAAACAAGGAGAUCCACUAUCUCCCUUGCUCUAUAUCCUUGCAACAGAAGGCCUCACCCGCGCCUUGAAUCACCACCUAAACAAUUCUUAUCUAACCCCUUUUAAUGCAGGACAGGUUUCAAGGAUUUCACACCUAGCUUAUGUAGACGAUUUAAUUAUAUUUGCCAAUGGUCACUAUAGGAAUGUUCUCCGGCUCAAAGGGAUCAUCAACACCUAUCUUCAAGCUUCUGGCUAGGACAUAAACCUCAACAAAAGCAGAUUCUACUGUGGGAAACAUGCAAGGCAAGCAGCCAUUACAGCAACAACAAGAGCACUAGAGAUGAAGCAAGGAAUAACACCGUUGCAAUACUUAGGAGCUACAAUCACAAAGGGAAAGCUGAAGAAACACCAUUGUGGCACCCUACUUGAUCAUUUUGAUAGUCACCUCAGCUCUUGGUACAGCAAGACACUCAACCCCAUGGGCAGAUUGAUACUAAUUAAACAUGUACUAUCCUCCAUCCCACUUCAUACCAUUGCAGUCCAUACACUCCCCCAAUCCAUAAUCAAUUCUCUACACCAAA